AUGUCUUUAAUAGAGUCUGACAACAAAGUGCUGAUCAACACUAGAGCUGGAGGCGUAUAUAUUCCACCUGCUAGAUUAAGGCAACUUCAACAAACUAUAACUGACAAAUCUAGCCAAGAGUACCAAAGAAUCACCUGGGAAGCUUUAAAAAAAAGUAUAAACGGUUUAAUCAACAAAGUUAGCGUUUCAAAUAUAAAGAGCAUCGUAGUUGAACUUUUUGGUGAAAAUCUAAUAAGAGGCAGAGGUCUUUUUGCAAGAUCUGUUAUGAAAGCACAGGCUGCAUCAUUACCUUUCACUCCUGUUUAUGCAGCUUUAAUUGCAAUAGUUAACACAAAAUUGCCUCAAGUUGGUGAAUUGGUGCUUAUUAGACUCGUUGCACAAUUCCGUAAAGCAUAUAAACGUGAUGACAAGAAUGCAUGUUUAGCAACAACAGCCUUCAUUGCUCAUCUUUGUAAUCAAUUAGUUGCUGAUGAGAUAGUUGCACUACAAAUACUAAUGUUAUUGCUUAAACAUCCUACAAGCGAUUCUGUUGAGGUAGCUGUAGGAUUUAUGCGGGAAGUUGGCGCCCAUUUAACAGAUAUUACUCCGAGAGCAACUAAUGAUGUUUUUGAUCGUUUCAGAACAAUAUUACAUGAGGCUAAUAUAGAAAAAAGAGUUCAAUAUAUGAUUGAAGUUUUAUUCCAGACUAGAAAAGAUAAGUUUAAAGGGAGGAGAGAGAAUUAUUGA